UUGGCUGCACUUUUUUCGAUGUUUCUUGUGUUUGUCAUCACCAAUCAGUUUUCUUUCUUUUCUCUUUAAAUAUAAAAAUGGCAAAUCGUGGAAAUCGUGCUCGUCAAACUGAAGAAGUGGAUAACACCAUUAAUUACGUACAAUGUGACGGUUUGGCUGUUAUGAAAAUGGUAAAACAUUGCCAUGAGGAGUCCAGUAAUAUGGAUUUGGCUCAAGGUGCUUUGUUGGGCUUAGUGGUCAACAAAUGUUUGGAAAUCACCAACUGUUUCCCUUUUCCCAAAAGCGAUGACGAAACUAUGGACGAGGAAAUGUAUCAAUUGACCAUGAUGCGCCGUUUACGCCGUGUUAAUGUUGAUCACUUUCAUGUGGGCUGGUAUCAAAGUUCGAAUGUAGGCAACUUUUUGUCAAUGGCCUUGUUGGAGUCACAAUACCACUACCAGACCAGCAUUGAGGAAUCUGUUGUUGUAAUUUACGACACACAAAAGUCUGGACGUGGUUUCUUAUGUCUGAAGGCAUACCGUUUGACACCCCAGGCUAUUCAAAUGUACAAAGAUGGUGAUUUUACUCCAGAUGCUUUGCGCAACUUGAAAGUUGGCUAUGAAAGUCUUUUUGUCGAAAUUCCAAUUGUUAUUAAAAAUUCACCAUUGACCAACAUAAUGAUGUCUGAAUUGUGCGAAAUGAUGCCCGAAGAACAGGGACACAAUUUCCUCGAUUUGGGAACUGCUUCCGUAUUGGAGAACCAUAUGCGUUGUUUGAUCGAACGUGUCGAUGAACUAUACCAGGAGUCAACACGCUAUAAUAAAUAUCAACAAGUUGUGUUCAAACACGAAACGGAAAAACACCGUGCAAUGGCCAAACUUGUUGCUGAAAAUGCUGUACGUGUUGGCAAGGGUGAAUCACCUAUUCCCGACGAUGAUGUUCUUAAGCAAUUCCGCCCUGUGCCCGUACCACCCAGACUCAAUGCCACCAUUUCAUCGGGUCAAAUUAACACCUAUUCCCAGCACAUUUCACAAUUUUGCUCUCAGUCUUUGGCUAAACUUUUUAUCACACAAACAUUGCAGAACUCUAAGGAAGCCAAGGAAACAAAAUAAUUUAACUAUUAUAUACACAAGGACUUUCUUGUUUAUUUUUUUUUUCUUUGUAAAUUGUUUUAAAUAUUAAACUAUAACCACUAUGUCUAAAAUUUAUAAUAUAAAACAAUUAGAACAAGA